AUGUGGUCGUCAGACUGGAAAGUAAGCAUCUACCUGUUGAGUGCUACACUGGCUUCUUCGGCAGCCGUGCCCACAUAUUGGAUGAGGCUGUUUGAAGGAGAUGUCUUUUUGCCUCGAGGACUCAGCGUAGGGACGGAUCUCUCUAUGAACACUGGCAAUGUCACUGCUUUUACCCUGAGUGAUGACCAGCCACUGGCUACUAUAGACUAUGGAACUGAGCGCGCUGGAUACCCAUUCUUCUCCAUAACAAAUGUAGUACAGCCAGUCCAAAUCGAAGUCAAGUACAGUGAAGCGUUCAUUGGUCUUUCUCAUCCCUGGGCUGAUGGGCCAUACACAUUUGCGACAGGAUUGUCGAAUUCGUUCCGCGUCGAAACUUUCAACAUCACCUCUUCCGGUCGAGUCGUUGCGCCUCUGAUACAAGGCGGUCAGCGUUGGCAGUCGAUUCAAUUGUUGUCGGAGGGUGCUACCAUCACAUUCGGAGAAGUUGGUUUCGAUGCUACGGUUGACACCACCGAAGCGACGGAGUAUCCUGGUCAGUUCGAGUGCGAUGACGUACAACUCAAUGCCAUUUGGAAGCUGGGAGGAGCGGCAGCAUCGACUGCUUGCGUAGAAGAAGGCACUCAGAGGACGACCUGGGAAAUCGAUGGUACCAGUGGUGCUUAUAUUCGGUCACAGCGAGCAUCCCAAGCUAUCUCCGGCGCCUCCUUUGAGAACUACACCUUGACCUUCGACACUAUGAUCGAACGUGGAGGUGUAUGGUGGGCUGUGGCUUUUCCAAUGGGCCGCGGUGAAGGCAUCCACUUGCAACUAGUCAGCGAACUUCCGGAAGACGCGACGUUCCUCAAUGUUAACAAUAGUCUAACACCGGCUAACUCGAUCUUACUAUCAUGGGGCUACGACUUUGUCAACCAAACGACGUUGACGUCGUACUACCUAAACACAUUCACACUUCGGUCGGCUGUCGCUCAGGGUGUAUGGCAUUCUAUCAAGACGGUUCUCUCCCCGGAUGGCCGACUUUCCGUCACUCUAAAUGAUGAGGAGGUCAUUGACGUUUCAUUAUCAGAGUAUUAUACUCCUUCCGCCAUCUCGUUUACUGGUAGCUUCGGUUUUGGAGCAUGGCAAGACCAGGGAGCGUACAUUCGCAACGUGGAAGUAACAGAUUCUGCCAAUGGCACCACGCUCUACACAAAUCCGAUGACUUCUGCAGAUGUUCUGAUAGAGCAUGGAACUCAGGGCAACUUGGGAUCCGUAUGCCUUGAUGGACCUAAAAGGGAUCGACUUGUGUGGCUCGGCGAUUUCUACCAUACUGCCAGGAUCAUUGGUGCAAGCACGUCUCGUCACGACUUGAUCAAAGGUACACUGGAUUUCUUCCUGGAGACGCAGAUUGCUGAUGGAGAGGUUAAUAUCUGCCCAGCAAUGGGUUAUGAUCCCUCGAUCACUUUGCCAUUCACGAUUAAAGGCCGCUCCUAUGGCCUUUCUGACUACCAGAUGUUAGGGCUUGGCUCGCUGUACAGCUACGUCCGCCAGACAAACGAUUUGGUUUGGCUAGAAGAAAACUGGCCCAGGUGGCAAUCGCAGGCACAAUGGAUCAUCGAACAAGUAAACAGCACUGACGGCUUGAUCUAUGUUCCGAGCGCAUUCCUCGGUGCUGCCAGCGCUGGUUCUGCUGUGUCAUGCCUCGCUGUACAGAGCUUACGUGAAUUUUCAGAGCUAGCUGAGGCGAUUGGUGAUACAGAAACGCAGUCCAGGUGUACUACUGCGGCCGACGGUCUUUCGGAAGCUAUCAGUAAUCAGCUAUGGAAUGAGGACCUUGGGGUCUUCUCGUUGUCAGCAAGUGCGAAAACAGACUUCUCAGUGGCUGGUAUCGCCUUCUGCAUCACAUCGGGGGUAUCAAACUCAAGCCAGACGAUGAGAACGCUAGCUGCUCUUGAUGAACUUGCUCUGUCGCCCGGCUACAAAGACUCGACGACGGCCAACUCGUCAGAUCCAACUGUUCUCAUAUCUCCCAACACAAAUGGAUUUCUCCUAGAUGCGCUGUUCAAGGCGGAGGCCUGGGAAACCGGUGUCUCGCUGGUCAGAUCUCUAUGGGGAGCUAUGAUCAGCAACCCCGGGACCGCCUCUGGUGCGAGCUGGGAAUACGUUGACCAAAACGGAGAUCCGGGACUCGGUUUAUUUACCAGUCUUGCCCACCCAUGGGGAGGUGCUGCAACCUACGUACUCACAGAAUGGGCCGCUGGCAUCCAGCCGGCUGCCGGUAUUGCCGGUUUCGGCUAUGCGCACUGGAUAGUUUCGCCAGAUGCAGGUCUGGCUAUCGGACUGAAACAAGCAAAGGCCACCGUGAAAACUCCCUCCGGCUUGCUUUCUGUUGAGUGGGAAAUGACCUCAUCGGAUGAGCUGCAGGUCAAGAUCGAUGCACCGCCAGCGACCUAUGGGAUUUUCAAACUAGGCAACGAGACGAAGUCUCUGUGCGGUGACACGCAGUACGAAAUGACGAUAAUUAUAGGAUAG